AUGAGGAGCAAGCUGGGAAUCUCUCCCAAGCAUUCUGGUUUACAUCGGUUUGAACAGAUCCCCGAUCAGCCUUACGACGGGAUGCACAACCCCAACGACGUCACUAUUGAUAUUCCCCUCACGGAAGCCCCUAGCCAGAAUGGUACUGGGCAUUGGGGCUCCGGGUCUGGCUCGACAAAGGGACUUGUCACGGAGCCUUUAGAGGGUGAGAAGCAGGGGAUUAUCGCGCCUGGUCGUCGCCGUCGCAUUGAUUCUGAUAUGCAUGAUCUGCGUGGUAAAGCGUCCGAGACCUCCGAUGAUGGUACCAUUAAUGUCGUUGGCCGGAUCUACCUGGCUAUCUACAAUUUCUCGAUUGUCACUCGUUACAUGAUCUAUGUCAUUCCUAUUGGUCUUUUGAUUGCUAUUCCGAUCAUUGUCGGAGCUACUGCGGCUCCUAAUGCGAAAAUCGCAGGCGUUCAUAUGUAUUGGUUCUUUACCUGGAUUGAGGUGGUUUGGGUCAGUCUGUGGGGGUGCAAGGUCAUGGCAAAAUUCAUUCCAUGGGUUUUCCAGUUGUUGUGUGGUAUCGUCAGCUCGGGUACUCGCAAGUAUGCACUUAUCUUGAGGGCCCUUGAAACUCCCCUUACGCUUGUAUUGUGGUGUGUAGUCUCGCUGUGCACUUUCCUUCCGAUUAUGACUGAAAACCCCAGCAAGAAAAGUUCUGGGGAUACUGACGAGAAGUCCUGGGAAAAGAGCGUCAAGAACGUCCUGCUCGGCUUUUUAGUCUGCAGCCUUAUUUACUUAGGUCAGAAGGCCAUUGUUCAGCUCAUUUCGAUCAGCUAUCACCGCAAGCAAUUCGACACCAAGAUCAAGGAGGCUAAGCGCAAUGUUUACCUUGUCAGUCUACUGUUCGAAGCCUCCCGCAACAUGUUUCCCAUGUACUGUGCGGAAUUCAACGAGGAUGACUCGACCAUUAUGGACCCCAUCUUGAGUCAGGCUGUUAAGAAGACUAAGCGGUCCUCGAUCAUGCCCCUGCGUAUGGUCCAGGACGUCGGUCGCACCGUUGGUCAGCAGGCUGGCCGUCUCGGUGACAAAGUGCAGGCUGCGGUGGGCAAUGUCGCGUCUGAAUUGACUGGAAAGCAAAUGUUCAACAACAACACCACUCACGCGGUGGUGGUCUCCGCACUGGAGCGUAAGCGCUGUGCUGCGGCCUUGGCCCGCCGUGUUUGGAUGUCCUUUGUUGUCGAAGGCCGUGAUUCUUUGUACAUUGAUGACAUUGUUGAGGUUCUGGGACCUGGUCACGAAGCCGAAGCUGACGAGUGCUUCGCCAUGUUGGACAAGGAUGGCAAUGGAGAUAUCUCUCUCGAUGAGAUGAUUCUUACUGUUACGGAGCUGGGACGCACGCGUAAGGCCCUGAACCACAGUAUGCACGAUGUCGACCAGGCUAUCGGUGUACUGGAUGGAUUGUUGUUCACUGUCGCUGCCGUGGUCGGCGUUCUGGUAUUCAUCUCUUUCGUCACCACUGGCUUUGGUACCGUCAUUGCGGCUGGAGCUACCUCUCUACUCUCUCUGAGUUUCGUAUUCUCGACCACCUGUCAGGAAGUCUUGGGUUCUUGUAUUUUCUUAUUCGUCAAGCACCCCUUCGAUAUCGGUGACCGUGUCGAUGUCAGCGACAAAGACUACAUCGUGGAACGCAUUUCUCUCUUAUUCACCGUCUUCCGUUCUAUCAACGACCACCGCUUGACUCAGGUCCCCAACAAUAUCCUGAACAGUUUGUGGGUUGACAACCUUACCCGUGCCAAUGCCAUGCAUGAAAGACUUACUGUCCCUGUCGCUUUCGACACCACCUUUGCCGAGGUUGAUGCCCUGCGUGCGGAGAUGGAGCUUUUCGUCCGUGAUAAAGAAAACUCUCGUGACUUCCAGCCUGAAUUCCUCGUUGAGGUGAUUGGCGUCGGCGACCUCGACAAGCUUCAGUUGCAAGUUGACAUCCGCCACAAGUCCAACUGGGCAAUCGAAUCCGUUCGUUCUGCGCGCCGCUCCAAGUUCAUGUGUGCCCUCGUUUUGGCCAUGCGCAAGCUCAAAAUUCGUGCCCCUGGUGUCGAUCGUCCUGAGGAAGAGUCCAAGGACGGCAAUGACGGUGAUGACAAGGGAGAAACCGCCGAUGACGCCCUCAAGACGACACUGAUCCAACCUGCCGCUGCCGCCGCAGUCGCAGACGACGCCUCCCUGGCCGCCGACACCGCGCAAGCCACAGGUGUCGACCGGAAGCGCUCAUCUGGCACACUCACCCAACGCGGCUCCACCAACCCAGCCAAUGAAGCCGCCAUCGCCGCAGCCCUUAACACUCGCUCGUCCCACCACGACCUGGACCCAGAGGACAACAACGCCCUCCACCGCACAGUCACCAACGCCUCAACGCAAGGCGCCCGCCAAUUAAGUGUAAACAAUGGCGCAACCGGAUCAAUCGGCCGUGAGCCCUCCACCGGCCACCGCAAGGCUGGCCUCCGCGCCUCCUAUAACGAGCAGAUCCCAAUGCCGCCCCCACUCUCCCCAGUGCCUGCCGGUCUUACCCCGUCAGCGAGCACUGUCCCUAUCCUCCAAACUCCUGCUCCCCCAGGCUCCCGCGGCAGUGCUCGCUACGAGCCUCCCUCUCAUAUGUCGCACUCAGACCAAACUCGACCCACAAUCCUUCCCAUCAUCGGGUCCCCUGAGUCUGGAACCUACAACACAUCCUACUACAACUCCCGUUCAGAUAACAACAACCAGUACGAGUCUGUCGAGCUGGGCGGCUUUAAUGGUGAACAAAACAGACCGCACGAGUAUCCCUCUGCUGAUGGCCAGAGCCGCUAUGACGAACGGUAUGACCCCGUCUCUCCGCCUUCUAUCUACUCACCUCCGCAGCAGAAUGCUGAUGCGGAGAGCAGUGGGCGUCGGCCUUCUUUCAUGUCGCGUAUGAAGCAUGAGAAGUCGAACCAGUAUGACGGGCAUGAUGCUUAG